AUGAGAGAUUGGGUCAGAUACCUGUCUGAAGAGGAGGUGCUGGACACCGAGAAUCCGUUUGUGCAGCUGCUUGGCGGGGUGGUGUGGCUGAUCCGCAAUGGAAGCAUCUACAUCAAUGAGAGUCUGGCCACCGAGUGCGAUAAGACACAGGAGACUGGUUCUUUCAGCAAAUUUGUGAACGUGAUCUCCGCCAGGACAGCCGUGGGCCAUGACCGGGAGGGACAGGUGGUUCUCUUCCAUGCAGACGGACAGACAGAGCAGCGGGGUAUCAACCUAUGGGAGAUGGCGGAGUUCCUGCUGGAGCAAGGAGUGGUCAACGCCAUCAACCUGGACGGAGGUGGCUCGGCCACAUUCGUGCUCAACGGGACCUUGGCCAGUUACCCGUCUGAUCACUGCCAGGAGAACAUGUGGCGCUGCCCCCGCCGUGUGUCCACAGUGGUGUGUGUGCGCGAGCCCCGCUGCCAGCCACCCAACUGCACAGGGCAAUGCUGGCAGGGCAAGGACUGCAUGGAGCUGGACUGCGGCCUCUCCCACUGCAGCGGGCACGGACUCUGCACAGAGACUGGCUGCCGCUGCAAAGCUGGGUGGACCGGAUCCAACUGCAGUGAAGCUUGUACCAAUGGUUCCUUCGGGGCGAACUGUGCUCAGAAAUGCCACUGUCAGAAUGGAGCUGCCUGUGACCCAGUUUAUGGGACCUGCACCUGCCCCCCUGGCUUCACUGGAGACGUCUGUGCACAGGAGUGUCCGCUGGGCUGGCACGGGCCGGGCUGCCGGAGCCCUUGCUCGUGUGAGCACCAGUGUCCCUGUGACCCCCGAACUGGCAACUGCAGCCUCAGCUUGUCACCAGCUGUGACCAGCCUGCUCUCCCAAGUGAAGCAGUGUUUUCCGUCACCCAAGACCACCCUGAGGGCUGGAGAACUCUCGUUUUUCACAGGCACCACCUGGCUCAUCCUCACUCUGACUCUGGUGUUUCUGCUGCUGCUGAGCACUGCGGUGAACGUGGCCUUGCUCUGCAGUUCCAGGGUGGAGCGGAACCAGCGGCACCUAGAUGGAGAUUACGCCUACCACCCCCUGCAGGAGAUGAACGGGGAGCUCACAGCGGAGGAGGAGCAACAGCUGGGAGCCACUCACCACCCCGUCAAGGACCGAAGCCUCAGGCUGCCCAUAAAGGUCUCUCCUAAAGACUCAUGUCUGCGUACGCCAGCAGCUGCAGGGGGCAUUCCAAGGCCACGGGCAUGGACGCGCCCCAGUGGCCACUGCGCUUCACCUGUCCUGCUUGGGGAUGGGCACCCCCAGUAA